AAAAAUGUAUUUAAAAUUGUCAAUUUUUCUUAUUCUUUCGAAUAUAAUAAUAUAUAAAUAUUUACUAUAUAUUUUUAAAAAAAUAACAAACAGAAAUAUAUAAGAAAUAUUUCACUACAGAAAUAUAUGGCGCUAACAAAAAAAAUACGGCAUAUUGAUUUCGAUCGUAUUAACUGUAAUACAAUCGGGAUGUUAACAUCUCUAUCUAAUACCAUAUGAUUUAUUUCAAGCUGAAAUAAGGGAAAUAACAAUGCUGAAUUUCGCAAGGUUUUUACUAAAUAAAAAUGGGGCUUUGACGGUCAAUCGUCAGAUAUCUUUAUGUCGUUAUAACCAUUUGCUUAGUCGCAAUUUCCGGAAGAAUAUUAAUAUAGAAUCUAAAUUGGGUAGAAGUUGCCAAACACGUUGUAACAGUACACAGAAAAAAAAUGAUAAAGUAGUAGGUUCGUGGCUACUAUGUUGCGGUGGUAUGGUAUAUGUUGCUGUAACUCUAGGUGGUAUAACAAGGCUCACAGAGUCAGGUUUAUCUAUGGUGAACUGGAAAUUGCUCGGUGAAGAAAAGCCAACGACUAUAGAGGAAUGGAAAGCAGAGUUCUCGAAUUAUCAGCAGUACCCAGAGUAUAAAUUGAAAAACCGUUCAAUGACUUUGGAAGAAUUUAAAUUUAUAUAUAUGAUGGAAUAUAUUCACAGAAUGUGGGGCCGUGGAAUUGGAGCUGUUUUUGUAAUUCCAGCAGUUUAUUUUUGGAAAAGGGGCUAUUUAACAAAUUCAACUAAAAAACAUGUUGUAAUACUUGGCGCACUCAUUGGUUUACAAGGACUUAUGGGUUGGUACAUGGUUAAAUCCGGACUGGAAGAUAAAUUUCAAGACGUUAAUGAUGUACCUAGAGUAUCACAGUAUCGAUUAGCUUCACAUCUAGCUGCCGCAUUUGUUCUAUACAGUGUGUUUUUGUCAUCAGGAUUGAGGAAAUUAUUACCUUCAACCGAAAAUUUCACGUCGUCAAAAAAUCUUUUGCAUUUAAAAAAAAUAGCGAAUUUAUCCAAAGGGUUUGUAUUUCUCACAGCCGUAUCAGGAGCGUUUGUAGCGGGACUUGAUGCCGGUUUGGUGUAUAAUUCUUUUCCGAAAAUGGGUGAUAAGUGGAUUCCUGAUGACAUUUUAUUAUAUCAACCGAUACAGAGAAACUUUACGGAAAACCCCACAACAGUGCAAUUUAAUCACAGAAUUUUUGGAAUUACAACUCUACUCACCGUUUCUCUCUUAUGGAUAUACUCGAGAAAAUGUGUUUUGCCAAAACGUGUAUUGUAUGCUAUAAACGCCACUAUGACAAUGGCAUGGUUACAAGCAACUUUGGGCGUUUCAACUCUAUUAAAUCACGUCCCCGUACAUCUUGCUACAGCUCAUCAAUCUGGUUCUCUACUGUUACUUUCGUUUGCUCUUUGGUUAAGUCAAGAACUGCGGUUUCUAAAGUAUAUUCCCAAAUAAACUGGGAAACAAUAAAACUAUGCUUUCAAUUAGUAUAUUUAUUCGUAUGCAUUAAAAUAAAAACUAUUGUAUAAUUACUUUUGCAAAGACUUCAUUAUACUUAACAAAAAAUAAAGUUAUAUGUAUAAGGUA